GAUCAGUCCACAGUCCGCACGCGAAGGCAGAAGGCAGACGGCCAGACGCGAUCAUUCAAGGCUUCAAGCGAGGGAGUUGGUCACAGGUGGGGCCGCGUGUGCGGUGCCUGGUUCUUCGUCUUCAUCAAACCCUCUAGGUAUCGGCUCUUCCUCUCAAAAGGAUUCAGGAUUGUGAUCAAGAUGAGCAAGAGACCACCACCUGACCCAGUGGCAGUGUUGAGAGGCCAUCGUGCUUCUGUCAUGGAUGUAUGUUUCCAUCCUUCUCAAAACUUGGUAUUCUCAGGCUCUUCAGAUGGUGAAUUACGAAUUUGGGACAGCGUGCAACAUCGAACUAUCUCAUCUGCAUGGGUACAUAGUGCAGCACAUGGGAUUAUAAGUGUUUCAACCAGUCCCUCAAUUGGAAACAAUAGAGUUAUAAGCCAGGGCAAGGAUGGAACUGUUAAGUGUUGGGAUAUUGAUCAUGGGGAAUUGUCAAGGACACCUUCCAUCACAAUUGAUGCAAACACCUAUCACUUCUGCAAGCUUUCAUUAGUAAAGAGGCCUUCUGCUGACACAAUAAAAUCAGAAAAGAAGGGACAUCAUCACGUGACAGAAGCCAUUGAAGUUUCUGAUCAAAUAAGUUCUCAUGACAUCCAAGAAGAGGAUCAACAGAAUGUGGUAGAAAAUUCCAACACAUUUCAAGGUUUUGACCAUGUGGAAGGGCGUCCAUAUGUGGCUAUGGCUGGAUCAGAGCUAUCUGAGGUUGAAUUAUGGGAUCUCAAUGCUGCAGAAAGGUUUGCAAGGUUACCACAUUCUUCUACUGCCUCCACAAAUCAAUUUACUAAAGGGAAAGGUAUGUGCAUGGCAGUUGAAGCUUUUUUGGUACCUCAACAACAGGGAUUUCUACAUGUCUUAGCAGGUUAUGAGGAUGGAACAAUGGGUUGGUGGGAUUUAAGGAAUCCUGAGGUUCCAUUAACUUCUGUGAGGUUUCAUUCAGAACCAGUUCUAAGCUUGUCACUGGAUGAGAUGAUGAACGGAGGCAUUUCAGGAGGUGCAGAUGAUAAAAUUGUCUUAUUUACUUUGGAUCAUUCAUUGGGUUCUUGCGUGAUGAAAAAAGAAAUCAAUUUGGAGCGACCCGGCAUAGCUGGUACUUCCAUCCGUGCAGAUGGUAAAAUAUUCGGGACUGCUGGCUGGGAUCAUAGGAUCAGAAUAUAUAAUUACAAAAAAGGAAAUCCUUUGGCGAUAUUAAAGUAUCACCGUGCCACGUGCAAUGCGAUUUCGUUUGCUGCAGAUUGCAAAAAAAUGGCGUCAGCAUCUGAAGACACUACUGUGGCACUUUGGGAGCUUUAUCCUUCUACUUGAUCUCACUUUAUAAAAUACCAGCAUUUCACUUAUGUUUGAUCCAUUGCAUUCCAAUAUGUAUUUAUUGCAUUUUACUCUUUAAACCUGAUAUAGGCUAGGCAAUGUAAUAACAAUGUACUUACAUUUCUACAUGUAACAAAAACUUCAAAUUAUUUACCCAUAAAUUUAAUAGCAUCUUAUGUACA